AUGGAGCAGGACCACCUGCUAGCUGGUCCUGGGGGAUCCCAGGCGCCUGCAUCAUCAUCUUCUUCGGUGGUGCAGCCUCUUAGCGCUAGGCGGCGACACCGGCCCGCUACCACCACCGACACCACAUCGACCUACGGUACUGGUGCCUCGAGGGCACCGCCAGUAUUGUCAUAUCCCUUUGCAGCCAAGAGGAACACCCGAGGGCCGUGUCGGCAGCUGAAGACGGCGAAGGUCACCCGGGUGACCAACAGUCGUAUCAGCAUCAGAUAUGACAAGCGCCAUCGGGUUGCACCGACGGCGGACUUGCAUAGCUCCUUGGCCCACGACAUUGGCCACGUCGUUCGGACCCAUUGCCCGAUGCAAUGGAAGUCCUGGAAGGUCAUGCCUGACGAGAUCAAGAUGCAAGUUCGCGGCCAGUUGUCGACGAACUACCACUUAGAGGACCUCAACGAGGAGACCUUGGCGUACGUCAACAAACUCUUCGGUGAGAGGUACAAGCAGUGGAAGAGCGACUUGCACCACCAUUUUCAGGCGUUUGAUGAUCCGCAAGUCGCUCUUCAGGAGGGUUGCCCAAAGGAGCUUGAGGGGCGGGAGGAUAGUUGGGCGUGGCUCUGCGCUCAUUUUCAGGCGCCCGAUUAUGUGAAUAAAGCCCAAGUGAAUAAGGGCAAUAGGAAGAGGAAGACUCUUCUCCACCAUUCCGGCUCCAGGCCCUUCUCAUAUAGGAUGGAUGCACGGUGUCGGGGGGGGACGAAAUUCCCAGAGAUCGACGUCUUUGGUGACGUUUAUGUUCGACCUGGGAAUGAGUUGGCCGAGUCCCUUCAUACUCCGAUCGAGUCUGUGGAUCCUCCGCAUGAUGCUGGAUUUCAGAUUUUGACACAGACGUUGGAUCAGACUCUCGGGAGGAGGCCGGGAAUGUAUUGUAGGGGGAUGGGGAAUGCCCGACAGAGGGAACCUCGACCGCGGUCAUCGUCGCAGGCAAACAGUCAGGUGACUGUUUUGACAUCGCGAGUUGCCGAGCUUGAGGGUCAGAUGUCGGUGAUUCUGCAAUCCCUUGCGCGGUCCAACAUUCCAAUCCCGAAUUUUGGUGCGUCGACCUCCGAGCCCGUCCACCCCGAGCAUCCCCAGCACACCACGGCCUCUGCAGACGCCCAGACCUCCGAGCCGCAUGUGGCAGAUGACCAAGUAGAUUUUGGAACAUUAUUUGAUUAG